AUAAAGCAUCAUAAGAUGCAUAUACAAAAAUAUGAAAUAAAUAAAGCACAAACUAUUAUAAAUGAUACAGACAGUGAAGCAACUAUGCAAAAGUGUCAAGAAAAAAGAUUCUAUAUACAUAAAAAUGAUAAUAAUAGAUCAUUAAAUUAUGCAUCAAGUUCAGUAUCUAUUGUAUCUAAAUUCUCAACAAAUAAUAAACCAUUAGAUAAUUUUGCUUAUCAUCAAUUUACUGAAAGUAAUUUUGAUAAAUUUAAUUAUCUGUUAUUAAAAGCAACAAUUUCAAAUAGAUGGAGUUUUCAUUAUAUUCAAAAUUCAGAUACUAUCAUAUUAUUUGAAUUUAUUAAUCCUUCAUGUGAUAAAAUUUUAAGUUAUGUUUCAAAUCAAAUGGUUGCAAAUAUUAAAAACAAGGCCCAAAAAGAUUUUUAUAGUAUUAUUCUUACUAUGGAUGUGAUUGAUAUUAGUAAUAAAAGAGCAUGUAUAGAAGAAGUAAAAAAUAAAAUUAAUGAAAUUACAAAAAGUGUAACAAAUGAAGGAAUAAAAGUAACAGCAAUUGUAACUGAUAGUCAUUCAUCAUAUGCUGCAGCAAGAAAACAGCUUCAAGUUAAAAACCCACAAAUUACAUAUUUAUCAUGUUUUGCACAUCAAACCAAUUUAUAUAUUGGUGAAAUUUUUAAAGAGUCAAAUAUAUUUAAAACUACUGCAUUAGAAACUACACAUAUUGCAAUAUACUUUAAAAAUAAACAACAUGCUUAUUUUACUGGAAAACUUUGUGAUAUUUAA